CAUCAUCAUCCAUAUAUAAGGCUGCAUAGUUCCUGCCAGAAGUGUAGUUCUGCAUCCAUAAAGAAAUAUUUUAAAAACGCUUUUUCAUUCUUUUACUCUUUAUUAAGCAGCAGUACCGAAUAACUUUUAGGAGGAGUCUGAACCCGUUUUCGUUCUAUACUAGUUAUUGGUUGACUUAAUCUUGAAAUAUAAAAUAAAAAGAAAAUGCAAAUUCAAGAGACAAAGCCUAUUGAUGCUCCUGAGCAUUGCCCUGGACCUUCUUCAGAAACUGCAGGAUCAGCAUCAGCUUGUGCAGGAUGCCCAAAUCAACAAAUUUGCGCCUCCGCUCCUCGUGGAGAAGAUCCAGAUUUGCCGUUGGUAACGGAACGAUUGAGUAAAAUCAAACACAAGAUCCUUGUGCUUUCUGGAAAAGGCGGUGUAGGAAAAUCUACGUUUUCUUCUCAGUUGGCAUGGGCACUAUCUUUAGAAGAAGACAAACAAAUUGGUUUAAUGGACGUUGAUAUUUGUGGUCCAUCGAUUCCCAGAAUCAUGGGAGUCGAAAAAGAGGAGGCUCAUCAAUCUAGUGAAGGUUGGUCUCCAAUCUAUGUAUGUCCUAAUUUAGCGGUUAUGUCGAUCGGUUUUCUAUUGCCUAGUGAUGAUUCAUCAGUUAUCUGGAGAGGACCCAAAAAGAAUGGACUAAUUAAGCAGUUCAUUAAAGAUGUCAACUGGGAGAAUCUGGAUUUUCUAAUUGUGGACACGCCACCAGGAACUAGUGAUGAGCAUUUGUCUUUGGUUCAAUUUUUCAAAAAUGCAGGCAUUGACGGCGCUAUUGUCGUAACAACCCCUCAAGAGGUGGCUUUACAGGAUGUUCGAAAAGAGAUAGACUUUUGCAGAAAGGCUUCAAUUCCUGUUUUAGGUAUUGUGGAGAAUAUGAGUGGAUUUGUGUGCCCUUCUUGUCGAAAUAAGAGUAACAUCUUUACUAUUAAUACUGGCGGUGGUGAAGCCUUAGCAAAAGAAAUGAAUGUUCCGUUCUUGGGACGUGUUCCUUUGGAUCCUUCUAUAGCUCGUUCUUGCGACUUCGGGAAAAGCUUUGUUGAUGAAUGCCCCGAAUCGCCAGCGUCCGAAAUUAUAAUUGAUAUAAUAAACAGGGUGGAUCAAAAUUUACAAACAAAAAAAAGCUCUUCGCUGUAAAAGAAUACUCAUAUUUGUAAUAGUUAUGAAUAUGGAUAUCAUUGAUGAUAACGAUAAAAAACAAGGGAAAACAUUUAAUAAUCUGUUUAUUGGGACAUUGGUUUAAGUAUUCAAUCUAAUCUUUUGUUAAAAACGCUUAUGCAUAUAAUAUUAGCAAAUCU